UGCGUGCAAUAACACGAGCUGAAGGAAGGCUCGCUGGAGAGGGAAAGUUGGAGCGGCGAGAGUGAAAAUCAAGCGAAUGGCCCGGCUUAGUCGACUUUAAAACCUCAGUAGUUACUCAGCAGGAGCGGAAGGUCUCCUGGUAGUUGUGCAUAACAAUGGACCCUGACAACAAGAUGACCUCGUCAUACGCCCCAGCUGACCUUUCCUCCGAGACCCAAAGACUGACUCCGCUGAAAGCCCCAGGCUGCAGCUGGUUGGUGGUUCUGGCAGCUUUCACAGCCUCCCUGAGUGGCCUGAUGUUGGGCUAUGAGAUGGGCCUGACCUCUGGGGUCCUGCUGCAGCUGCGGGGCAUCCUCUCGCUGUCCUGCAGGGAGCAGGAACUGCUCGUAAGCUCCCACCUGCUCGGCGCUCUGCUCGUCUGCCUGGCCGGAGGCCCCAUUCUGGAUCGCUACGGCCGCCGCUGCUCGUUGUUCGUCAGUGCUGCCAUGGUGGUUGGAGGAACCCUGGUGCUCAUUUCCGUCACCUCGCUCGUUGCGCUCACACUGGGCCGUGUAAUAGUUGGCAUGGGGACAGCUCUGUCAGGGACAGCAGCUUGUCUUUACAUUGCAGAGAUUUCCCCGAGGGAGAGGAGGGGCCUGCUGGUGACUCUGUACGAGCUGAUGCUGGUUGUAGGUGUGAUGCUGGGAUUUGGCUGUUGUUACGCCUUUGCCACUGUGCCGCAUGGCUGGGCAUUCACAUUUGGGCUUGUAAUUCCUCCAGCACUGCUUCAGAUUGGUGCACUUGUCUUCCUUCCGCCCAGCCCACGCUUCCUGGUUGCUCAGGGCAAAGUGGAGCAUGCCAGGGCAGUGCUGGCCAGAAUGAGAAAUGGUCACAUGGAGCACGUGGGAACUGAACUCAGGGACAUCCAAGCCGGACUGAAGGAGGAAUCCGAGCACAGUUUCUGGGAGCUGUUUAGUGCCAAAGCUAACCUGCGCUCUCGUCUGCUCACCGGUGCGGCUUUAGUUUUCCUCCAGCAGGCUACUGGGCAGCCCAACAUCCUCUCCUAUGCUUCCCCGCUCCUCCGCAGUGUUGGGUUCAACAGCGACGCCGCAGCAACCUUGGCCUCCACGGGGUUCGGGGUGGUCAAAGUAGUGGGCACCAUCCCCGCCGUGUUGCUGGUGGACCGCGUGGGACCUAAGAGCUUUUUGUGCGUGGGAGCAGUCUCCAUGGGGCUUUCUCUGGCCGCACUCGGCACACUGACGCUGCAAAGCCGCACUCACCUCACAAGCCUGUGCACCAGUCAGACAUUAGACAACAGCACUGAGGUGCUGUGGAACUUGAACAGAACCUUCCAGGACUUUGAGGAGGGUGGCCUCUUUUCUACGGACCUUCCCAGCCACUGGAUCGCUGAGGAAAUACAGAGGACUGACACUGAGGGGGGUGGGAUAAAGGACUCUGAGGGAGAGAAAAGCCAAGGGGUGUCUUCUUCACUACAAUGGGCUUCACUAAUUAGCCUUUUAGUAUAUGUGGCUGCCUUCUCCAUAGGCCUUGGGCCAAUGGUGUAUGUGGUCCUCAGUGAGAUCUUUCCCAUGGGAGUCCGAGGCAGAGCUGUGUCUGUGGUGUCUGCUGUCAACUGGGCCACAAACCUGCUCAUCUCCAUGACUUUCCUCACCCUCACAGAAAAAAUUGGUGUACCCAGUGUGAUGUUCCUGUACGCCGCCAUGAGCUUCGUUCUGCUGGUGUUCGUCAUCCUCUGUGUACCGGAGACAAAGGGUCGCACGCUGGAGGAGAUUUCAAAGGAGCUCGCUAUAAAAAAGAAAUUUCAGCUGAGUCUUUUUAGACAAGCACCGACCCAGGAGAGUCUGAUCAGGAGCACAUCCACGCAGAUUCCAGCAAACGCUUAGAAGGGCCAACCGAGAAAACCACAUCAGGGCACAUGUGCUGCUUCUCAUCAUACGCCUCCCAAAUGCCUUCGCGUGGACCAGACUGGAGAGGCUGAAUCUGUUUAACGCAAACAAAUGGGAACACCACCUCUCAAAGAAAAGAAAAAGCAUUUUUCAUAUUUUUGGCAUGUUAAAAGAAACUUAACUUAGCACAUUCAAUUUAUCUUCUUUAAAAAAAAAACAGAUUUUAGCUUUGUAAACAUGAAAUUGUUGAAGAUGUUUUGUUUAAAAGUACAACUUUCUGGAAAGAGCCCAAACAGAUCAAACCAGUUGAGUCACUUAGGCAACUUUUUUGUUGUUAUUUUAGGGCAACAUGAGUUUUCUGGAAAGCUACUGAAUGUAGAGAAACAUCAACACAGACAGAGUCACUGGUGGGAUAUUUAGGAGAAUCUACAGACAGCUACCUUUUUUAUUUUGUUUUUAAUAAGAUUUUAAAGCCAAAAUUAUAUCUAGAGAAUAAAUAGGUGUAAUAUCUAAAUGUUCUGCUCAGUUUUGCACAUUUUUUUCUUUGUACUUAAGUGUCUAUUCAUUUCUAUCAAGUCCAACAUGCAGCAUUGAAGUAAAUGUUGAACAUUUCCUUUUUAUUUUCUCUGACACUAUUCUGAAACAAACACUCCCAUCUGUAUGUGUGCACAAAAUGAACAUCAACCCUUUAGUGGAAUUUUCCUCUUUUUAUUUUUAUAGAAAAAUUCAAGUGUUACAAAGUUUACUUGAGACCAUUUGAGAAAAAAAAAAGAUCCAUCACACAAACAGACAACAUAUCAAAGUACAUUUUAUACAGUUCUGUCAGCAGAAUGAUAAAAACACUGCUUUUCCUUAGACCAGUUGGGAACUUUGAGGGGUUUUCUAUUAUAUUGUAAUGCAAUAUAUUUGAAGUUUCUGUGAAAGUCUAUUUCUCUUUUUUUUUUUUGUACAUGAAAUACUUUUGGAAAUCUGCCUGGUGUGACUCCAAGGAGUGGCUGCUUAUGUAAUAAAAACGGUUCAGCUCUUUGCUACUGCUUUCUGCAAAAAAACAUGUAAAUUCUGCACAUUUUACUGAUCUCAUAAAUGUAAAAAAAAUGGAAUUAAAAGAUCAAACUGACUUAAAACUGACAAGUAUUUCUGU